UUGUGAUGCACUAUCCAUAACGUCACUGACUAGUUCCCUUAUGGAAGAGGCUCACUUCAAGCCCCUACUAACUUGGGUGUGUCUGAAUGUAAUGCUGGUGCCUCAAAUUGUCUGUUUGACUAGACAGGCAGCUUGAGAGAUGAAUGGGUGAGGUUAAACAACUUACCACAAAGAAGAUAACAACAGGACGUUCGCAACACCUAUUUAUGCUGUCACAUCUCACAUUGAAGCUACUCGUUGGAUUUCGGGGGAGACGCAGUCAGGGCCUACUCCAUUGUUUUUGCAGAAGUGGAACAACAGUGGGAUAUAUUCCCAACAUCUGCUGGUCUGGUUAUAAUUGUUUGCAGGUUUCAUCUUAGAACCAACGGUUACACAUUAACCACAGGAGCCUGCAGAGCUACACGUCUCAGUUACCCAAUGAACUUCCCUGGCGAAGGAAAGGGAAACAGAAAGAUGAAAACCUGUCGGUGUUUGACAUUGCUCAUGAUUUUUCUCUGCAGAGUCAGCAGUGAGAAAUGUUCCACUGGUACAACAUGCGCUGAUAUGGAUAAGUGUCAGACAAAUCCAUGCGGCUCCAAUGCAAUCUGUCACAGCACUUCUGGCAGCUUCUACUGUACCUGUGAGAAAGGAUAUUACUCAACAGGAGAUAAACACUUUGUGAGUGCAGCAGUGGCGUCUUGCAUAGAUUAUGAUGAGUGUCGCAGCAUUCAAGCAUUAUGUGGUCGCAAUGCAACAUGCUACAACACAGCAGGUGGAUUCUAUUGUCUGUGCAACAAAGGAUUCGCCCGGGUUUCCGGCCAGACCAACUUUACCGGUUACGGAGCUGGAUGUAAAGACAUCGAUGAGUGUCUCCAAGAUCCCUGCUAUGCUGACGCUGUCUGCCAGAACAUAAAAGGAAGCUACAUUUGUAUUCCUCAGUCAGGAUUUGACUCAUCUUAUGUUAACAAAGUCCCUCAGAGUCCGUUUUUGCGAUGUCUAGCUGUCCUCCUGAAGGACCAGUCCAUUAUCGAUAAAUGUUACUCUCAACGUCAAGCAGGAUCGCUGCAGCCUACGACCGAUCAACUUUGCUCUCUCAUCAAGCCAACCCUCACAUUUGCGGAAGGCAUGUGUCAAGUUAAGGAGAUUGCCAGAUCAGCACACAGCCAUGUCACAUUAAAAAAUGUCAUGAGCUUUGGAAACAAAUUCUUCAAUGAUAGUUCCAAGCUGGAGAAAGUGGAUGAUGAAAAUCAACUACAGUCAACCUCAUUGUUCUUGAAUGCCAUGGAAAGUUUCACCCUAGGUGCUGCUUUGGCCUCACCUGGCCAAAAAACCAAGAACGUAACAACAUCACAUUUAGGUUUUGAUGUUCGCAUCAUCCAAGUGCAGGAGCAUUCAAAAAUACCUGACAAAAUAACUCUUCACGCGAAGGGAAACACAAUGGAUGCUUAUUCACGGACGGUCACAGAGGGAGAAACAAGUGGGUCCAUUGCCAUUGCUUUCAUCUCGUAUGACCGACUGAAUUUCCUCCAGAGUGGGCAUUUCAUUGAGAAUGAAAGGACAAGGCCUUACCAGCUGAUCUCGGGAGUGGUGUCGGCCACAAUUGGGAACCACAGGCGUCACAAGCUCCGUGAAAGAGUCAACAUCACGCUGAAACAUAAAAAGAGAACUGAUGGGUGCCUGGUAUGCGUUUACUGGAACCACACGGAGGACAGAAGUCACUGGUCGCCUGAGGGAUGUGUCAUGAUUGCUUCAAACAAAACUCACACAGUGUGUGGCUGCCACCAUCUGUCCAGCUUCGCCGUUCUCAUGACAGCUGUGGAGGAGGAUGGUCACUUGGAUUGGAACCUCAGUAUCAUAACACUGGUUGGGAUCAGCUUGUCACUGAUAUGCCUGGGCUUCGCUAUCAUCACGUUUCGGUUCUGCACCCAAGUUACCAGCCACAACCACAUCAUCCACAUCAACCUGUGCAUCACCCUGUUUCUGGCUGAGUUACUUUUCCUGGUGGGCAUUCACAAAACCAGCAACAAGGUUGCAUGUGCAGUCAUCACGGGAUGUUUGCACUACCUUUUCCUGGCAGCCUUCGCUUGGAUGUGUGUGGAAGGAAUUCACCUUCACCUCAUGGUCAGGAACCUCCAGAAAAUCAACAACUCUUGCGCCCGUAAAGGGCUGUCAUGGUUUAUGUAUCCCUUUGGAUAUGGAGUGCCAGCUGUAAUCGUCACUGUUUCUGCAGCAAUGUAUCCAACUGGUUACGGGACACAACGCUAUUGCUGGCUGACGACUGAGAAUGGAUUAAUCUGGAGUUUCAUUGGCCCAGUCUGCUUGAUAAUUCUGUUUAAUAUGACGCUGUUUGCUGUGACACUCUGGAUACUGAAGGUACAACUCACCCGCCUCAACGCAGAAGUCACAAAAAUUAAGGACAUGAGGACUCUAAUAUUUAAAGCCACUGCACAAGUGUUUGUCUUGGGUUGCACCUGGCUUCUUGGCCUGUUUCACUUUCAGGCUUCCAAGUUGGUGACAGCCUACUUAUUCACCAUUGUCAACAGUCUACAAGGAGUUUUUAUCUUCAUCAUCCUCUGUUUAUUAAACCGACAGGUGAGAGAUGGAUACUGGGCUUGGUUCAACAAGCUGUGCAUGAUCAGGAAGAAACCUGGCUUCACGGAUUCUGGAUCUAACAGUGUGCCAUUGACCACCUUGUUAUCUCAACAAGAGAGGAUUUAAGGCAUCUGGUGUCAGAAUACAUGCCUCAGAGUGGCAUUAUCACAGCUGCAAAGUGGAUGAAGAAAGAAAAGCAUUUGUAUAGCCACCACGGAUAGAUGACGAUGAAGCACUAAACAGGCGGGCUUGAAAUGGUCCUUGCCAUUUCACCAGCAGUCCUGGAAGAUAAGAGGCUGAUAUCUGGCUUCAUUGUUUGUACAGUAGACACCUCUAGGGAAAAAAAAGUCUUGCCUUGCACCCACUGACACAGAGAAUCAUUGAAGACCAGGGCACUGCCACCUGGCUGACCACGUUUCAGAUUGCCUUGGCUGGCACUAAGUCGAUGCCUUCUUUUAGGACCUGUCUUCCUUGUAUAUCAACCUGUAGAAAAGCCGAUGGUGGAGCCAGCUCUUGACAACAACUCAUCUAUCUCCAUUCCUUCACCCUCUGCAAAUAUUUUCAGUUCAAACAAUGGUCCAGUUUAGUUUCCUCUGAAGCAACCUCCAUCCCCCGGAGCCCCCCUCCUCCCCACCUCCACCCCACCCCCCCCCUUCCCCCCCCCCCCCCCCCCCCCCCCCCCACCACCACCACCACCACCACCACCACCCCAUUUAGCUUGCCUCCACCACAAUCUCAGGCGAUGCACUCUAGACCUAAUCCUCAUCCUCCGGUUCUCAAACCUCCAGAAAGCAGAAAUGUUUUCUCCCCUACAGGCGAGACUGAGGCCUCAUAGGGCCCUUUCCCAUGGAUGUGGAAGAUUCCCUGCUCAUAUUUUGCAAAGAAUCGUGGAGUUCUCCUCUGGGCCAAUAUUUCUUUCCUACCCAGUUAGUAAAAAGAAAGUGGUUGAUUUGGAUAUUAGCUCAUUGCUGUUUGUGGGAGCUUGCUGCUUUACAACACUGAAUUAACUGCUGAGGUGGUUCAUUGGCUGUAAAGCAGUUGCGUGAUCACAACAGGUGCUAUGUAAGUGCAAGGUCUUAAAGUCUUUCUUCCAUCUUGAUCGAUAAAGGUUAGCAAGCCCAUCCCCAAUUCAGAUUAAAGAAGAUGCUUCCCUGUUUUAGAAUCAUGGAAUCACACAGCAUGGAAACAGACCCUUCAGUCCAACCAGUCCACUCCAACCAUGUUCCCAUAAUAAGCUAGCCAGCAUUUGGUCCAUAUCUCUCCAAACCUUUCCUAUUUGUGCACUUAUCCAAAUGUAUUUUGAAUGUUGUAACUGUACCUGCAUCCGCCACUUGCUCUGGCAGUCAUUCCACACAUGAACCACUCUCUGGAUAAAAACAUUGCCCCUCAUGUGCUUUUUAAAUCUUUCUUCUCUCAUCUUAAAAAUAUUCCCCUGGUUUUGAACUCCCCCACCCAAAGGAAAAGACUCUUGUCAUUCACCUUAUCUAUACCCCUCAUGAUUUUAUACACCUCAACCUCCUUUGCUCCAGUGAAAAUAGUCCCAGCCUUUCCAGUCCAUUUCUAUACCUAAAACUUUCCAUUCCCUUCCAUUGUUAUUUUAAAUAAAAGACCUUACCAUAAGAUAGUCAUUCAAGACUAAUCUGUAGCGCUCUGUAUGUCUUAUUUGCUUAGAGUAUAAAGCAAGCUCCAAGUUUAACCUUUUGACCAAAAUUUUGCACAUUAUAGUCACCAGGUUUAUCUUUUCUGCAAGCCGUUGUUUUGAACUGUGCA